GGCCUCCUGGACCGAUGUUUCCACUGCCCGCGACGUUCGCGGGAUUCCCGCGACUGCGGCUGCCAGUUCGCCCUCCUGCACCGCGCGGAUACAGAGAGCUAGCACAUGGAGUUAUCCGGCAGUCAGCACUCCAGGCACCUCACGCAGCAGCAGCGCAUACGCAAGUUCCGGCAGCAGCGCUACUCGCGCUCCAGGUGCUCGCGGGAGCAGCCGGUGGGCAUUGAUGAAGAUGUUGAAUUGCGCUCGUAUUUCCGGCAAAAUUGGCCAGAGGAGCAAUCAAUGGUGAUUGAGGAUCGGUGCACGAGAAGCAGAAUUAAUUCGGCGAUUUUUGUAUCGUCCGAAGGAAAGGGGUUCGAUUCCAUUGAAUUCCUGAGACGCUACGGAUCGCAGAGCGUUCUAUGUCGAAAGGCUCGCAGUGCAGAGAACAUUACUUCCGCUGAUCAGAGGCGUCGAUUGUCGGAACACCACAAUUGGAAUUCCAGCAUUCGGGAGCAAGAGAAUACCAUCAAUGAAACAUUCGAACUUGUGGAGUGCUACAACCCCGAUAGCCAGGAUAAAACCGACGACGCUGCCGCAUCCGUGGUCGUUUCCGUAACUGCGGUUCCCUCAAUCAGUGGGGAAUUCACAACCACAACGACCAGUGAGGCAUCAGCAACCCCCAUGACACAGGCGGUGCGUCAAAAAGUCACGAAUCUCCCCACGCUCUCCAUAUCAGGACCAUCGCCGCCACACGGGGAAUUCCUCUAGGGUACACAUCGCCAAUUUUCCUCUUUGUGCUUUCUUUUUUUUCCCUUCUCCUUCUGCCUGAACUCAUCCGGCUGAUUUUGGCAAGAAAUACUCCACAACACCUGACCCCAAAAUUCAUCUAAAUAUUCACACCGGACCACCAAGUUUGUACUAUAUGCAGCAUAUUAAGUUUGUAGCGCGAGAUUGGCUAAAAGAGAAUACUUGUAAGCUAAUAACCCAGGCGGUGGAACUAAAAGCGGGAUACUGGAGGUAGGAAGUGGGAAGAUGUAUUUCACUCUGCUCUGAAAUAUUAUUCUCAAUAUCAUAAAGUUCUCAACUCUGAAAGUUAUUUUGGGAAUUAAUGUAUAUAAGUGUAUCUUAUUCAAUUUGCAUUGCAGUAUGACCUUUUCCAUGAUAUAGUCGGCUUGCUUUUCAAUUGUGCAAGAAGAAGGAUUUUUGGGAGGAUGGGAAUGGUGGUCACCGGGAAAACGUGAAUAGUGUGGAGAUAUUGAACUGAUCUCCUUAUGGGUAUUCACGCUUCAAAGCAUCCAAUCAAUGUUUUCUUUUUCACUUUCCUUUUCUCUUGCUUUCCUUAUGGUUGGUUAAAUUCACGCAAGAACAAAUAGAAAGGAAAGUUUUCCUCAUUCAAAAGCAAGUAUAGGUAAUUUAAUACAUUUGCAGCAGAAUAAAUUAGCUGUUAAAACUCCCGGAAACUAUGUUAUAUAGGUACAUAAUUUAAUUUGCAAUUGAAAUUAAUAUUGCAAGAAGGAAUAGGAGGUAGAGAGACGGUAGAGUAGAAGAAUCAGAAGAACUGAGAUAACUCGGAAAACUACAUAAAAAGGAAUUUUUGAAAUGUAGCCAGUAGAUGGUUACCUAUAAUUAGUAUAUAAUCUCAGGAUUAAUUUAUAAAAUCUCCUUUUUGUUGGAACAGAGAAGCAAAUGAUGCUUUUGAAGGAUAUUUUUCAGUCAAAACGUGAAUUUAAGGGGGGUCUCAUAAGAGUUGAUGAUCUUGACACGUUUUCAUUUUCUUCCAGUUUUUCUUAAACCUGAUUUUCCGAUUUCGAUUACAUUUGAAGACUAAUUAUUAAGGAGUAAAAAAAUUAUUUUUCAUCAUUUCACGUACGACGCUAUCUUGUGGUUUUCCGAAUUUUCCACAAAACUGCAAAAGUAGGUUUUACUCAGGAUCUACUGGAUGGAUUUUUAUCGCGUAAAAAGCAAAUAAAAGAGGAAAUACAAAUGCAGACUUUAGUGGGACAGAAUUUUUAAUUUCCAUUCAAGGGCUGAGAAAAGUGAAAAUAUGUCAAAAAUACCAAAAAAUUACAUAUUUUCACAGAUCCUGAGAUAAACUUACUCUUGCAGUUCUGUGGAAAUGUCGGAAAACCAAAAGAUGAGAGAUGGUGAAAAGAAAUUUUCUUAAACUUCAAUAAUUAGUCUUCAAAUGUAAUCAACACUGAAAAACCAAGUUAACCCUUUAAGGUUUUUUGGGUCAUACGCUGACCCAAACGUGAAACAUUUUAUUUUUUCAAUUAUUUAUGAAUGUAAUUGUUUUUCCAUGUUACAAAUGCAUCAAAUUCACGCAUAAGGGGUCAAAGAAGACGUUCUGAGUGAGAAAAGUCCUCUAAAAAAAUUCAUAGAAUAAAAAUCGCGAUAAAAGAGCGCAUGUUUCAAUGUUUUUAUGUUUCACGUUGGACGUUAAAGGGUUAAAGGAAAACUUGAAGAAAAAAGAAAACAUUUAAAAUCGUAAUAAAUUCACCAGCUCUUAAAAAACUCCGUUAACGCAUUUCCACAUUGGAAAAACAAUUUUGAAAAAAAAAUCAGUUAUUGUUAUUAUUCAGUCAUCAUGUCCAAAUUUCCUCAAAUGGUCAGAUCAAUCAUUCGAUUCUGCGAAAUAUUUACAUUAUUUUUGCAUAUAAAUGUAAUUUCAUCAAUUCAAAUGCGUUUUAUUUAAAUGUGACUUUAAUCCGCAUUGCAUAUAUGAUAUCAUAGCAUCAACAACAUGCAUUUCCAAUUGCAAAUCCCAUAAAUUCAUACAUUCACAGGAAUUACAUAUUGAUGUCAUAUGACAAAAUUGCAUUUUUUGUGUCAUUUAUUCUCUAUUUAUUUAUUCCAAAAGUUCCAAAUCAAAUGAUUCAUCUGAAUUGUAAUUACAUUGCCUAUUGAAUGGACAAAUCAAUAUGUCAAUUAGUUGGUAUACCAAAUACGUGGCAUACUAAACAUUAUUCAAUAAUAGAUAUACCAGAAAUUUAAUAUUCAGAACAUAUUAUGAGUUGUUCCGAAUUUUUAUUCCAAAUAUCCCGCGUAAAAAAACGUUUGUGGAUGUACUUUCGAAAUCUCUGAGAAAUUACUGUGAGAGAGAUCGAGUUUUGCAUUUUUGGUAAAGAUUCCAAGACGUGUUCCAAGUACACGCGAAAUCUCUCAAUCUCACGGACAGUGGGUUCUGAAGCUUAAAUCUUUUAGCUGAACUCGCCUCAUGUCAGAUUAAAUCGCCAAAUAACACAAAAAAGCUCCAUCCUUGGGAUGAAGUUAAAUAUAUAAAUAAAGAAUACCAACUCCUACCAUUAAAUUGAUCAAGUUGCAAUUGUAUUUUUGCCUUAAAAACACACAAACAUGAAAAUCGAAUUUCAAUCUCUUAGGAAUUGCAUUUCAUCGAGAGGCAAAGUGUAAAUAAAAAAUAAAAGAAAUAGUGAAUUUAUCUUUAAAAAAGAAAUACUCAUCAACAAUGGAAAAGACAUGAUAUUAUAUGGAAUAGAGCUCUAAUUUUGACUUUAUAUAGCGUGUUUAGCAAUUUAGGAUAUUUUUAAUCUUUACAGAAGAGAAAAUAAUGUUUAUAUUAUAUAGUGUUUAGAGAAUAUUCUUGCUAUAUAGUAAACAUAUACAUAAAUGUAAUAGAAUUUUUAAAGCUGUGACAGAGUAAAAGAUGUAUUCUAUUCGGUAAGAUUUUCUUCUGUUUGCGCUAAUGUGGAAUUUCAAUUUGCCUACCUUUGGGGGAUUAAUUUUCUAAUUCAAUUUCAAUCUACGUAAAAAAAUAGUUAUUAAAUGAGGGGAAUGUUUAAACAAAAUGCAUUAUCAAAUCGAUUCAAGUAAAUUUGUAAUCCUUAAAAGAAUUUAUUGGUAAAAUACGACAAUAUAUCUCUUACUAAAUCACUAUCAAAUCUCGCCAAAAAGUAUGCAAAUUCAAUUAUACUUUAGCCCAAGCAAAAAUUCUUUCCUAAUAGGCUAAUAAUUUCAUGGUGGCAGGUGAUUUUCCAGAAUGGUUUUAAUUAAGAAAAAAAAAUCUAUAUAGUGUGUAAAAUUUCUCCAAAGUGAAUAAAACUUUUAAGACACGAUCUUCGAGGCAACUGAUUGACAAAGAAUAAAAAUGGACCAAAAAAGCACACUCUUGAGAAAUCGUCGACAGAAGAAAAUGUGUGCCUUAAAAUAUUGAUAGAGAAAAUGUAUUAUGUAAAACUAUUUUAUGUGUUUCUCCCUCCAAUUCUUAUGUUUAUUUUUUCCUAGAAAUCAUUGAAAUUUUAUCGAAUUGUGGAAUGAAAAAACUAUAAAUAUGUACAAGGCAGUCUCUUAAAUAAGAAAACCCAUGUCGAUGCUAUCGAAUUAUCCUUUCAAUCACCCACGGAUGCUUUAAUAUUGAAUCUCUUAUUGAAUUAAGUGGGAAGAACGAAAGAAAACUUGUAGAAAAAUCGUGAAAAUGUAAUAUCCUAUUGGGACCAUGAUUGUUUUAUAAAUUUAAAUAAAAAAAAAUCCAUGUUAGUAAAGCUCCCAGAAGUGUGUUGCAGAUGAAAUCUACAAUUUCUUUAUAAAAAUCCUCUUCUUAUAGACUUCACCCUCAUCGCAUUUAUUCAUCCCUUUAAAUUGAGUCAGAAAGAAGAGUAAAUUCAACUACAGAAAGAAAAAUAAAUUAUCCACACUGAUGGAAAAUACAAUAUUGAAUAAAAAUACAAAUAAGAUGUAAUGUCUGUAACACCUUUGGCUAUCACAUAGAGAAAGAAUUUAACAAAUUUCUUAACAAAAAGAAAAUCAAUGUCAAUGUAGUCAAUUUGAAAAGAAAAUAAAUAAACAAAAACGGAUGAAAAUGAUGAAUUGAGAGAUUAUCGUGCUAUCCGUCCCUUUUACUCUCUCCAAAUUUUCUAUUUUACACCAAAGACAGAUGGUCGGAGAUUAAAACAGUAACAAAAAUAUCCAUUUAUAUCAUAGAUAGUGUCUAAUUUAAAAUGACAUAAAUCCUCCUUUUUGGAAACUCCCCCAUCAUCCCUCCCGCCCCAAAUGAUUCGCGGAUCAAAGUGGAUGAUGAAUGAGAAAAUAAAUUUAUGAAAAAAAGUGAAAAACAUAAUAUAAUAGUGUCUCCAUAGUUAGAUAUAUUUUGCUCAAAUUUGACAUACAAUACAUAAAUGUAAUUUAAACAUAAGAAAUUAAUUUUAUUUCUAAUAUAAAAUAAAUUAGUAAUAAUUCCUUUUUUUCUUGCGUUUUUUGUCAAUUGCCUCUGUAUUUGUUAAACAAUAAUUAAAAAUGAAAAAAUGUAUAUAAAGAGAAAACGAGAUAAAAAAAAACUCAAAAUGUAUUACAAAAUAAAUAACAAUGACGAGAUUUUUCAUGAUGUUCAUGCUGUUCAUGUAUUUGCAGAGCAUACGGAUAAAGAAACAAAGUUGCAAGAAAAUGUAAAAUGUAUCAAAUUUAUUUUUUCCAUUUUUACAAAUUGAAGGAUACGAAAUGAAAACGUUUUUCCAUAACAUUUAAAAAAUCUUAUAUUGAAAAAUAAUCUUUUUUAAAGAAAACGAAAUUUAUCUGAUGAACUUUAAGAAUAAACUUUGAAGCUUUGAAGGUUUUUGAAGCAUUAAAACAAUUCAGAAUUAUGUACAAGACAAUAUAAUUUUUUUUUGCAAAAAAAAAAACAGUUUCCAAUAUGCGCACUUUAUUCCAUAUUGGCGCCAAAGUAAUUUUCACGUGCUGUGCAAAUAUAUGUACGUUUUCAUCAUGAAACUACGCCUCAAAUCUUGCAUCGAAGGCAUCAAAUAAGACAUAUACAAGUUUUCAAUAGUCACGGUUAAUGAGUUAAUUGGGAGUGAUCUUGAUUCAUUAUAGGUUUAAGUGUGUAUAAAAUCUUUGUGACAAAUUAACUUGCUGUGUAAAUAACAAUGUAAACUCCCCGAGAUGAUCUGAGAAGGUGAAUCCCUAAAAUCAAUUACAUAUGGAUGAUCUUAUGAA